AUGGAAUUGACGUCCAUGUGGUACUUGGUGAGGUCUUGGAUAAGUCUUUCUGUUUCGUACAAGGACAAAAACUCCGAGAUGCACACGCAAAUGAAAGUGGUGAGGUCUGGGUCCUGGAACUGUUUGUUGACCUCGGUGACCUGGGCCUUGAUCUCGGCCAGCUUGUUGAACAUCUCCGUCUUUUGGUCUCCGCCCAUCAUGUUAAGCAGCGGACCAAGACGGCCGCUGAUCUCGUUGAACUUGCCGAGAAGUUUCUCCAAAGUGGAAGGCAAUUGCAAGAACCGCAACGUGUGGCCGGUAGGGGCCGUAUCGAACACGAUUGUGUCGUACUUGAUCACCGAGGAAUCCUCAUUCUUCUGGUUCUUGAUGUGUUUGAGGACCUCCAUGAACGAGAACGCCUCGUCGAUACCGGGAAUCGAGCCGGUCACCUCGCUCAUCAUUCCGUUCAAUGGGUCGUUUUGGUCUAAACCCGUGCCGUUUGAGGCAACAAACUCCUCCAGUGACGAGGAAGGAUCGAUCUCCAUACAAGACAGGUUCGAAAUUCCCUCCACGACACGUGCCUCCUUACCAAACUUCUGGUCAAACGCAUCCGACAAGUUGUGA